AGUCGUGCAACCACAAUACUGGGCCGGAGCUGCAGGGUCACAGGCGGCCAGAGCCUAUCCCGGGGCUGGCUGGGCUCACGCGCCUUCUACCUCCCCAAGGACCCUGGAACCCAAGCUCCCUGCUCCAGCGAUGUGCUGCCCUCACCCACCCUGUCCCAGACCCAGACCCCAUGGGAGGCUGUGAGCUCAUCAGAGGUCCACACAAUCGUGAUUGCGAGUGAGCCUGGGAUUACAGUGCAGCUCCCUGGAUUAGCCACUCAGGUAGCGCUCAUCUGGGGGAAACCCAUGACUCAGCAACCUUUGGGGUAAAUAAUUGAACUGCAAGCCCAGUUUGGCUACGCAGUCACGUGGGGACCACAGAGCGCUGCCCUCGGUGGGCGCCCCGUCUGCUGCGGCCUGGCUCCCGGCUCCAGCUGUGUCAGAGACCCGCCGUCCACACUUCCCCACCGGCUAACGAGCCAGAGGGCUCUGGAGGUGCAGCCGGCCAGUGGAGUCUGGUCUUGGAGGGCCAACGGGCCAGGGGCCUCUCUGCCCUCCCGCCCACCCGGCCUGUGAGGGGCUCCAUCAGGUAAGAAGCACCCAGGGCCCCGCUGCGGGACCGUGAAGCCCCAGAGCCACAGCAGAGGCAGCUCCCUGGGGGAAGAGGAGGGUGGGACUGUUUUAGGGUUUCCUUUACGGACCCUCAGGCACAAGGCAGAUGUCAUUUCAACAGUCCUCGCUCCACACACCUAGACCCCGGGGGGCUGGGGGACCCUUGUGUGGUGAGGUCUCUGCAGGAAGGACACACAACUCAUAACGUCUGUCUAGUGCUCCCGGGGGGCUGUGGCUGCCCGCCCACACCUCCUCCCAGGCCGUCCUCCACAGCCCAGGGAAACUCCAGGCCCCACGUCCUGGGCCAGAGUGAGAAGUCAAGGCCAGGGCGGGGCCUCGGGAGGCAAGCUGCCCUCGGUACACAAGCGACAGUCCCAGACUUGUGCGCUCCAUGCUGCACCUGUGUGGUCUGAGACCCAAAUCCAGGAGUGUGUCCCACAGUCCCAGCUGACUGGGCAGGUGACAGAUGCCAUGUCACCCCCACUUCCCUCCCAGCUGGCCCCGUCUAGAUCACCCUCCCAAAGCACGUGCUAGGAAUUCUGCCACAGGACUGGGGGGUGGGGGGUGGCCAGCACGGCUGUGAGGGCAGCCUCUCCCCUAGCAAAGAUCUGGGGUCCCACUCUGCAAGUUUCCAGGGGGCACCAGGAGGCCCUCUUCCUCCAGGCCCAGGGCCCAUGGUGCUGAGGUGACGGAAGGCCGCCGGAGGGACCCUGGUGGUUUGGGCAAGGGAGCGGAGGGGCCUCUGGCAUGGAUAUGGGCGCGGGGAUGUGGGCAGGGAGCCGCGGAGCGGGGACUCUGCCGCCCGCUGACCCCGCGGUGAUGCCCACCUCUGUUUCAGGUUUUCCCAGGAUGGAAGUGUCCCCGGAUUGCCCGCAGCAGGGCGGGGGGCUGGUGCUGGUCCGCCGGCGGCCCCCAGUGCCCCCCGGCCUGCGCGAGAUGCUUAAAGCCAGGCUGUGGCGGGGCCGCACGUGCAGCUCACGCGGGGCCUGGCAGCUGGUGCAGGACCUGCUCCCCGCCACACGCUGGCUGCGCCACUACCGCCCGCGGGAGGCCCUGGCGGGCGAUGUCAUGUCCGGGCUGGUCAUCGGCAUCAUCCUGGUGCCGCAGGCCAUCGCCUACUCGCUCCUGGCUGGGCUGCAGCCCAUCUACAGUCUGUACACGUCCUUCUUCGCGAACCUCAUCUACUUCCUCAUGGGCACCUCACGCCACGUGUCCAUGGGCAUCUUCAGCCUCCUCUGCCUCAUGGUGGGCCAGGUGGUGGACCGCGAGCUCCUGCUGGCUGGCUUCGACCCCGCCAGAGACGGCCUGGGGCCCGGGGACAACGGCAGCGCCCUCAAUGCCUCGGCUGCACCCACGCUCGUGCCACAGGACUGCGGGCAGGACUGCUAUGCCAUCCGUGUCGCCUCCGCCCUCACGCUAGUGGCUGGGACCUACCAGGUCCUCAUGGGCAUCCUCCGGCUGGGCUUCGUGUCCACCUACCUCUCACAGCCCCUGCUCGAUGGCUUUGCCAUGGGGACCUCGGUGACCAUCCUGACCUCGCAGCUGAAGCACCUGCUAGGCGUGAGGGUCCCGCGGCACCAAGGGCCAGGCAUGGUGCUCAGCACGUGGCUGAGCCUGGCGCGCAGCGCCGGGCAGGCCAACCUGUGCGACGUGCUCACCAGUGCCACGUGCCUGGCCGUGCUGCUGGCUGGGAAGGAGCUGUCCGACCACUGCCGCCACCGCCUGAAGGUGCCCCUGCCCACGGAGCUGCUGGUCAUUGUGGCGGCCACGCUGGUGUCCCACUUUGGACGGCUCCACGAGCGCUUUGGCUCCAGCGUGGCCGGGGACAUCCCCACUGGUUUCAUGGCCCCCCGGGUGCCGGACCCUGGGCUGAUGUGGCGCGUGGUGCUGGACGCCGUGCCCCUGGCCCUGGUGGGCUCCGCUUUCUCCAUCUCCCUGGCGGAGAUGUUCGCCCGGAGCCAUGGCUACUCCGUGCGACCCAACCAGGAGCUGCUGGCCGUGGGCUGCUGCAACGUGCUGCCCGCCUUCUUCCACUGCUUCGCCACCAGCGCGGCUCUGUCCAAGAGCCUGGUGAAGACGGCCACCGGCUGCCACACGCAGCUGUCCAGCGUGGUCAGCGCCACCGUGGUGUUGCUGGUGCUGCUGGUGCUGGCGCCGCUGUUCCGGGACCUGCAGCGGAGUGUGCUGGCCUGCGUCAUCAUCGUCAGCCUGCGCGGGGCCCUGCGCAAGGUGAGGGACGUCCCGCGGCUGUGGCGGCUCAGCCCGGCUGACGCGCUGGUCUGGGUGGCCACCGCGGCCACCUGCGUGCUGGUCAGCAUCGAGGUCGGACUGCUGGCUGGCAUCCUCCUGUCCUUGCUCAGCCUGGCUGGCCGCACGCAACGCCCACGGGCCACCCUGCUCGCUCAGAUUGGGGACUCUGGCUUCUACGAGGAUGCGGUGGAGUUUGAGGGCCUGGUCCCGGAGCCGGGUGUGCACGUGUUCCGCUUCGCGGGGCCGCUCUACUACGCCAACAAGGAUUUCUUCCUGCGGUCGCUCUACAGCCUCACAGGGCUGGAUGCAGGGAUGGUGGCCACCACGAGGAAGGGGCGGGGCCCAGAGGCCAGGGUCAGUGAGGGAGACCCCGCCGAGGGCACGGACCUGAGCCCCGUCAGCAGCACGGCUGCACAGCUGGUGCCCAUGGCGGCCAGCUUCCACGCAGUGGUCAUCGACUGCGCUCCACUGCUGUUCCUGGACGUGGCCGGCGUGGCCACGCUGCAGGACCUGCGCCGAGACUACAGGGCCCUGGGCAUCACCCUGCUCCUGGCCUGCUGCAGCCCCGCGGUGAGGGACACCCUGAAGAGAGGCGGGUUCCUCGGGGAGGACCCGGGGGACGCGGGCGAGGAGGGGCAGCUCUUCCACAGCGUGCACAGCGCCGUGCAGGUGGCCCGAGCCCGCCACGGGGAGCAGAGGGCCACCGACUCCGCCCUGUAGCACGGCCCGUGUGCCCUCCCAGGAGCCCUCGGCAGACACGCUCACACCAUCGGUCGCUGAUGUCAACGAGCACGGUCCCCCCGAGACUGAGGCUGUGCUCCCAAGGAACCAGGAAACACACGAACGACUCAGAGCCGCGCCUU